AUGUGCCCCGCGGAGUCGGCCGGUCCGGGACUCCCUCAGCUGCUGUGCGCCCGGUUCGAGGACUCCCUGGAGAGCAGCCCCUGGCCGCCGCCCGCACACACUCUUGACUCUGCCAUUUCCCCGGUCUCUGGGGAGUCGCCCCCUGGUGUGGAGAAGAUGCAUGGCCAGGAAGCCCCGGCGCCCACCUGCCCCUGUGGCACGCGGCAAGCUGCCCGCGCGAUAAGUCCCCAGAGAGUCACCUUUGAGCCUUGCCCUCCUCACGUCUCUUCGGAGCCCGACUUAACCGGACUGCGCCAAUCAGAACGAGAUGCCUAUGAGUCGAUUAUGGAAUUUCUAGAGCAAGAACGGAUGAGCGAGUUCUCCAAGCUGAGCUUCCUCAGGGCCGUGGAGACCCUGAGUGGCGUGGUGCGCACGCAGCCGGACGGCAACAUGAAUGACUAUUGCCCCAAGAACGUGCUGGCCAAGAAGGUCAAGAUGCUGAUCCUGGAAGAAUCCUUUGAGGUCCUGGACAGCAACGUGCGCCAGCAAGCCAUGCUGUGCAUCGUGGCCCUGAGCCAGGUGAACCCCCCAUUCCACCUGUCCCAGAAGCUGGACCUGGUCAACGCGGGUGUCGCCAGCGUCUUCUCUCUGCCGCUCAUCAUGCCCAGCCUGGACCGCAAGGACAGCGCGAGUCUCUACCUGCAGACGGUCCAGGCCCUGGACGACAUGCUGCACGCACUGGUGAUGGACGACCUGAACCCUGACAUGCGCAUCCUGCAGCACUUCCUGGAGGUCCUCUUGCCCUGGGUGACGCUGUCAGACAAAGUGCACGAGCAGACCCGGGCCUUGGGCGCCAUGUCCCGCUUGCUGAGGUUCAUCUGCAAUUUCCCCGAACUGUCGCACAUGGCGGAGUUCUCCAUGUCGGGGACCCUGAUGGGCAUCUUGGGCCUCUUCUGCUUGCACGCCAACCAUGACGUCAGCAUGGGGGCAUCGGAGGCCUUGCACUACUUGUUCAAGAUCCUCGUGCUCCAGAGAAGCGUGAAGCAGAAGACCGAGGGCACCCUGAAGGACCUGCAGAAGCACUUCCGCGGGAAGUGGCUGGCCAACAUGCAGACUCUCACCUGGUUCUUCAAGAAAUACCUGAGCCCCGACGAGAGAGCAGAUGUGCUCCUAGUGGCCAUGGAGACCGUGGCGAGCUCCCACAUCCCUGACGUCUGUGCCGCGGCCCGGAUGUUGAAGAUGAUCCUGAAGUACCCGCUUCCAGAGAUGGGAAAGGUGCCGGAGAUCAUCCAGUACAUUUACUACCACAUGAGCAGCAUCACCGAGGGCAGCGCGCACAAGAUGGUCAGGAAGAUCCUGCACCUGCUGGCCCAGGCCUACACGGAUGACGUCAUCCUGACGCUCUUCAAGAUCGAGGACCAGUCUCAGAAAGGCGUCCGCAAGCCCUGGGAGAUCCUGGCGUCCUUCCCCAAAGGCUACGAGAUGAUCAUGGAGCACUUGCUGCUGAGACUGGCUCCGCACCGGAAGGCCAAGGGCCGGGAGCCCGGGCCCCGCACCGUCAUCUCCCCGCUGAUCGCCACCAGGGCCAUCCACGAGCUGCUGCUGGAGCCCAGCCGGCGCAUGGAGGUGCAGGCCCUCUUCUCCUCACUGUUCACGGCCCUGCUGUCCCAGAUCUCCUGUCUCGUGCUGGAAGGCUGUGCCGAGACCAUGCAGGACCAGCAGCACGUGACCGAAUGGGUGGAUCCCUUGAGCUCCACCGUGGAGGCCUUGAAGACCCUGAUGCGGUGCUCGGGCUACGCGGACCACGUGUCUUACGUCCGGAAACUGGGGGGCUGGGAGCUGCUCGUCAACCCCGAAAGACACUACGAUGGAGUGGCUGUGCUGGCCAGGUCCCUGGUCGCCAUGGACUGUUGGCACAACUGCCCCCUCUUCAGCCACAUCAUCAGGCUCCUCCAGGAGCCGGACUGCGUCAGUCACCUCACGGCCCUGGUGUUCCUGACCGAGCUGCUGCAGUGCCCCGAGGUGGCGGCCACCGUGGACGACAUCACCACCCACGUGCUGGCUACCUGGUUCAAGAGCGAGGAGCCCGCCACGCUGAAGGUGUUGCUGCACGUGGCAGAGGUCUUCGCACAGCACCCGACCACGGAGCGGAGGCUGCGCAUCCUGCAGCCCCACGUGCUCAACUGCUGCUACUCCUCCGACGGGGACGUCGUCAUGGAGACGCUGCUGGUGCUGAGACGGCUGCUGCAGCACCUGAGCUGGGCCGCCUCCUCCGCCUUCCUCAUCCAGCUCUCCUUCACGCUGGCGCCCUUCUUCGAGGAGGAGCUGGAGCACCUGCGCUUGGCAGCCUUCGAGAUCUACGGAAGCCUGCUGGCCAAGGUCAAGCGCAGGACCCUCGUCUUCCCCUUGAGGCACCAGGUCCUCAACUUGGUCGUCCCGCUGGUGCUGCACCUGAGAGAUGUGAACAUCAACGUGGCUCAGGUCUGCCGGCUCGCCCUGAACCACACGGCUGCUUUGCUGGGCUGGUCAAGGCUCAAAGUGCUGGUGGCCGAGGAGGACGAGUUUACGGUCCUCAGAGCUCUGCUGCAGCAGCAGGCCAGCAAGGCCCCGUGGUUCCUGCGACAGAGCGUGGCUCUCUUCAAGAGCCCGCAGGCCCCCAUCCGCCAGGCAGCCGUGUGGUUUGCAGGCCAGAUUAUACAAACCCUAGACUUGGAAGAGGAAGAGGGAGUUGAAGAAGCCUACACAGCCCUGAGGUCCAUGCGGAAAGACCCCGACCCCACGGUCAGCUGCCUCACCAUGCAGACCCUGUACGUCCUGGAAACCCACCGGCAGCAGGCACUGGCCAAGGCCUCCACGACCUGUUUCUGCAGGCGCCAAGAGUCCCGAGGCCAGGGCAAGCGCUUGCGCUUGAAACCACCUUGA